AUGGCUGAGUUGGAGGGGCAAGUUAAUAAUUUAUCUGUUAAUGAAGAUGAUGAUUUCGUAGACCCAUGGAAUGUAGCUGGAAAGUCCCAAACAGGAAUUGACUAUGACAAACUUAUAAAAAGAUUUGGGAGUCAGAAGAUAGAUGAAGAACUUAUUCAAAGGUUUGAAAAAGUGACUGGACAAAAAGCACAUCACUUUUUAAGACGUGGUAUAUUCUUUUCACACAGAGAUUUCCAUAUUAUUUUAAACCUUCAUGAAGCAGGCAAGAAAUUUUAUUUGUAUACAGGGAGAGGCCCAUCUUCUGAAAGUAUGCAUAUUGGUCAUUUAAUACCAUUUAUAUUUACCAAAUGGUUACAAGAUGUGUUUCAUGUUCCAUUGAUAAUUCAGCUUACUGAUGAUGAAAAGGUUAUGUGGAAGGAUAUCAAAAUAGAAGAUGCAAGACAAAUGGCCUUUAACAAUGCUAAGGAUAUUAUUGCAGUUGGCUUUAAUCCAUCUAAUACAUUUAUUUUUAAUGAUCUAGACUUUAUUGGACAGUGUCCGGCAUUCUAUCAGAAUAUGUUAAGGGUACAAAAGUGUGUCACUUUUAAUCAAGUCAAAGGUAUCUUUGGCUUUGGAGACUCAGAUGUUAUUGGUAAAAUAACAUUUCCCUCAAUAGAAGCAGCACCAGCCUUCUCGACUAGUCUGCCAUUUAUAUUUGAAAACAAAGUUGUACCAUGUCUUAUCCCAUGUGCAAUCGACCAAGACCCAUACUUCAGAAUGACUCGGGAUGUUGCAGCCCGUCUGAAACUGCCGAAACCAGCUCUGCUUCAUGCAAGCUUUCUUCCAGCACUGCAAGGUGCCCAGCAGAAGAUGUCAGCUAGUGAUCCCAAUGCUUCCAUUUUCCUUAACGACACACCGAAGCAGAUUAAGAACAAGAUUAACAAAUACGCAUUCUCUGGAGGACAAGCGACGGUUGAAGAACAUCGGGAAAAGGGUGGCAACACUGACGUGGAUAUUUCGUACAAAUACUUAACCUUCUUCCUAGAAGAUGACGAGAAACUUGCUGAAAUUAAAAAAUCGUACGAAUCCGGCGAGUUACUUACUGGGGAAUUGAAAAAGUUGGCCGUAGAAACCAUCACACCUCUGAUACAGGACUACCAAGCGCGACGUGUUCAAGUCACUGAUGACGUCAUGAGGAAAUUCUUCGAAAUACGCAAGAUUGACGUUUGA